AUGGAAGACCACCCGGACCACCACGACCAUGAUGAGGAUCAAGGCUUCGAUGAGCAACCCAAGCCGCGCGAACUGCCCGCCGACCUGCCGCGCUCUCUCGAUGACCGCAAGGCUUUCUCUGGUUACGGCAAUGUCGAGACCGAGUACUACGAUGCCUGGCAAGGCCAGUCCCAGUUUCUCACCGCUCCCACCAUCGCUCACUCGAACAAUUUCAACCUCUCCCUAAACGAACCCGACAAUUACGAUCCCUCGGAACACGACCUGGCUGAGCACGACAGUCGGCUGGCCCACAUGUUGGCAACCCAGGUCCGCAGCAACGACGACGACAACGAUAUCGAGAGCACAGAAGAAAACCUCGUGAACGACAAGAACCUUUCCGACCCCGAAAAGAGACAGAUGCUACAAGACUUCCUCUUCAUGGCUGCCAGCAAUGGUGACCUUGGCCGCGUCAAGCGUUUGGUCAGAGGAAGCCCCGCCGUAUACAUCGACGUGAAUGCUGUGGAUUCUGAAGGUACUCCUCCGCUGGUCUACGCAAGUUGCUUCGGUCACAAAGAUGUCGUCAUGUCUCUAUUGGAUGCUGGCGCAGAGGUCGACAAGCAAGAUAAGAAUCAAUGGAGUGCUCUCAUGUGGGCCAUGACCAACCGUCACAAGGACAUUGCCAAAAUCCUGUUGGAUCACGGCGCCUCAACCGAAAUUCAAUCGUCUACUGGAAGGACCGCUCUCGAUUUUGUUGCUCCAAACAGCGACAUGUCAGAGUACCUCAACGACAGUGGCUACCAAAUCGGGACUGCUGGUGUGACAGACGAUUUCUACAAUGCCGGCUUCUCCCAGGACCGCUUCGAGGAAGAGAUGGCCGAGAAUGAGAUGAAGCGACGCAUGAUGAUGGAAAGUGCUAUGAACCUUGAAGUCGAUCUGGGUAAUCUUGGUUUGGACGAGCAACCGGAAUCCGCGGAUGAGUUUGAGGACUCGCAGGAAUUUGUCUGGGACAGGUGCCUCAACGACCAAAUGUUUGUCUUCCAGGAGAACGACUCGGAUCGCAUCCUCAACAUUGUUGUCACCGAGAUGACUCCCCAGCGAUCAGCAUCCCAAAAACCUAUACCCGCCAACAUUAUAUUCCUCGGAGCACGAUAUGCACAUUACCACUCCAGCCAAGAAUUGUUGACCGAGUGGUUGAAUGCAGCUCAAGACAAAAUCUACGCAGUCGUAGAAAAGCACCAGUGGGACAUGACUAUGCUCGCUUUCUGGAUGUCCAACACAACCCUCUUAUUGUACUACCUAAAGAAGGAUCCCGGACUCGCCGAAGUGACCUCGACAUUCCAAGCCAAAAUGGCAGAGCUGAUCCACGAGAUCUACGUCCUGAUCAUCCGCGACGCCGAAAGACGAAUGGACAAAGUCCUAGACGAAGCCAUGCUUGACCACGAAACAAUCCCUGGAUUCGAAGACAUUGCAUUUCAAAACGAAUGGAAAUUCUUGCGGUCGAAACCAAAAGUGAAAGCGCCUGAACCGCUAGAAAAACGUUUCAGACCUCCCUCGCCGAAACGACGGGCCCAAGUGUCUCCGAGGAAUAUCACUUCCUUGCUUUCUUCGACGUUAUUUGUGCUGGAUCUCUACGAUGUGCACUCGGUCAUCACCACGCAAAUCAUGUCGCAGUUGCUAUACUGGCUCAGUGCAGAAAUCUUCAACCGCAUCAUGUCCAAUAAACGCUACCUCGCCCGCACAAAAGCAAUGCAAAUCCGCAUGAACAUUUCCCAACUCGAAGACUGGGCACGCACGAACAACCGCGCCCCCGAACACUUUGAGAACGGCUCUCUAAACGCCACAGGCGAGAACAUCAUCGAAGCUGCACGCAAGCAUUUGGCACCAGUGGUUCAAUUGCUGCAAUGGCUUCAGUGUUUUUCGUCACUGGGACAGGAUGAUGAAGCACUGGAUACCACGUUGCAGCAAUUACCGGCGUUGACGACGAAACAGUUGUUGCAUGCGGUAAAAUACUAUCGUGCAGAGGUUGGCGAGAAGAUUCUCCCCAAAGCGGCGCUCAAACAUGUGGAAGAGAGCAAAAGGCAACUCGCCCACAAAGCUCUAGAAGAAGCCUCUGCACCACCUCCCCCUCCCUCUGCUACCUCUACAACACCAGCGACAUACGCAAAAGACGCCAAACCCCCACCGCCUGCACCACCCAUCCUCCGCAAAGACGAAGACGAUUCACCAGAAGGCAACCUCGUCGAUCCCGCUUUGCUGCUUCCUUUCCACCUACCCACAUCAACGGAUAUGCUAGUAACCUACGGCGCAGGCUUCGGCGGCGUGAACAGAGAAAGGGAAAGAAGAUAUACCCCUACUGUGCCUCCAGAUUUUUUCCAAAAAUUGGAUCCGAAGGGGGGCAGGAAGGAUUUGUAUGAGGAUGCCAAGUGGAGUGACGAGGAUGUUGAUUUGGGUAGUUAG